AUGAACUGUUUGUUGAGUUCCCUAACUACUGCCAGGGAGAAUAGUGUAAACAGUCCAAAAUCUGUUGGAAAAGCUGAAUUUCUUCAUCAGCAUCCAAAAGUCGAUACUGUCACAGAGAAUGAUAAUACAUUUCCUGAGACUAAGACUAUUGCCGCGGAAAAUGGCUACCUUUCAGAAACUCAGGAUAAAGGUGCUGUGUCUGAAUGUCUUGGUGUGGUCAGUGUAUAUGAUCAGUGGGUUGCACCCCCAGUAUCUGGCACUCGUCCGAAAGGACGAUAUGAGCAUGGAGCUGCAGUUAUAGAUGAUAAGAUGUAUGUUUUUGGUGGAAACCACAAUGGACGCUACUUAAAUGAUCUCCAGGUUCUGGACUUGAGAAGUUGGAAAUGGUCUAAGGUUGAAGUUCAAGCAGGAAAUGAGGGUGCAAUAACUACAUGCGCUGGCCAUUCCUUGAUACCAUGGGACAGGAAUAAGCUUCUUUCAGUAGCUGGACAUACAAAGGAUCCUUCUGAAACUUUACAAGUAAAGGUGUUUGAUCUACAAACUCGUACCUGGUCAACCUUGAAGACUUAUGGAAAGCCACCGGUUUCUCGUGGAGGGCAGUCAGUGACCCCUGUGGGCUCAACCCUAGUCAUAUUUGGUGGACAAGAUGCAAAGAGAUCUCUUAUGAAUGAUUUGCAUAUUUUGGACUUAGAAACAAUGACAUGGGACGAAAUUGACACAUUGGGAGCACCUCCUUCUCCAAGGUCUGAUCAUACUGCUGCAGUACGUGGAGAUCGAUACCUUCUAAUCUUUGGUGGGGGUUCACAUGCAACCUGCUUCAAUGAUCUUCACAUUCUUGAUCUGCAAACCAUGGAAUGGUCCAGACCUACUCAACAGGGUGAGAUACCAAGUCCUCGUGCUGGUCAUGCUGGUUUCACAGUUGGAGAGAAUUGGUUCCUUGUCGGUGGUGGUGACAAUAAGAGUGGUGUCUCUGAAAAUGUUGUCCUUAACAUGUCCACACUGGUCUGGUCAGUUAUAACUACAGUUCGAGGACUAGUUCCUCUUGCUAGUGAGGGCUCAAGCUUGGUCCUGAGUUCCUUCAAUGAUGAAGAUAUCCUGGUUUCUUUUGGAGGAUAUAAUGGGCGGUACAAUAAUGAGGUCAAUGUACUUAAACCAACUGUCCAAAAUGCUACAAAUGCUACUAGAGACGUGGAGUCUGAGUUUGAGAUAGGCCAAGAAGGAAAAAUGAGGGAAAUUGUUAUGGACAAUGUUGAUUCAGAGCCAAUGAGCAACAAGGUUGAAGAAACCGAUAAGCAUUUCUUAGCAGCCCUCAAGGGUGAAAAUAAUGAACUAGUAUCUUCCCUCAGUAAGAAGAAAAUGCAAACCCUCCAGCUAAAGCAAGAGUUGACGGAAACUGAGACUCACUACACGGACCUGUACAAGGAACUCCAAUCUUUACGAGACCAGCUUGCUGCUGAACAGUCCAGAUGUUUCAAACUUGAGGUUGAUGUUGUAGAGAUGCGACAGAAGCUACAAACAAUGGAGACCUUACAAAAGGAAAUUGAACUCCUCCAGCGACAAAAGGCUGCUUCUGAACAGGCUGCUCUAAGCGCAAAACAGAGGCAGAACUCCAGCGGCGUAAAGUGCAGUAGGUGGUCGUCGGUGCUAUCUGGGUUGUUGGAGCUCUUUGUGGCUCGUUUUCUGGUUGAGUUUUUGGGAUGGUUUUCUCUGUCGGAAGUUUCUGUUCUUGGAACUUUUUUGAAGUUGCUUUCUCAGUUGGCAGAAUUUGUUCUUGGUGUUGUUUUCUUGGUCGACAGAUUCUAUUAUUGGAUUUUUCCUGUUUGUGGUUUGUUGAUCGGCAUUAUUAGAGGGAAUAGUCUCUGGGAAGUCCCCACACAGCAAUGGGCGAUGGUUGUUGCUGGCGAUAGUGGUGGAUCUAUAGGUGGAGGUGAGUUGUUGGAUCGAAGGUGGACGAUGAUGUUGUUGGAUCUGGAGGUUACGGCGACAGUGGCGAAUGGUGUAACCAGAGAUGAAGGGUGGUGGAUGAGCAGGUGA